AUGUCGAUCCUUCAAAACACUAAUAAAAGAGCACUCCGUAAAGCGAUCACCACGACCCUCCGGGAAUUAUCUCAGUCUGAUAUCCAGUCGCAAUCACAGGCCAUUACCGAAAAAGUCCUUUCGCUACCCGCAUUCCAGCAAUGCAAGACUGUCAGCUGUUAUCUUAGUAUGCCAGCAGCCGAGGUUCAGACGACUUCUUUGAUCCUGAACAUUCUUGGAGAUCUAGGGAAGACUUUGUUUGUUCCUAGCAUCACAUCCAGCGAUGCUUACAUGGACUUUGUACGAGUGUAUACCGAAGAAGACUAUCGCAGCUUUCCUGCCGGUUUAUGGGGCAUUCCGGAACCGACGCCUGAAUGGUCGAGUAAAAAACUUUUCGACGCAGACUGCAACGAUUUGGAUCUAAUCCUCGUGCCUGGUGUUGCCUUCGACCAAUCACUCUCGCGGCUUGGGCAUGGAAAGGGCUACUACGAUCGAUUCAUAACGUCAUAUUCUUCCUCUACCGGGCGAUCGAAACCAUUGUUAGUCGCUUUAGCUUUGGAGCAGCAACUUUUGGAACAUGGACAAGUACCGAUGUUCGACCAUGAUUGGAAGAUGGACAUGAUUAUUACACCCGACAAAGUUAUUACUGCACCUCGAGCUUAA